GUGUGGUACUGAUUCGGUUGUUUUAUAUUGGGACCAACUUCUCUUAAUGGUCGGUCCAUAUGGUGAUUGGAUUAGAUACCCUUAUGAUUCUAUAUUUUUAAUUCCCGAGAUAGAUGGUGUUCGCAUAAUUAGUAGUGACAAAUGCGAAUUUUUACAGAAAGUUCCAACUAAACAUUUACUGUUCCAUAGAUGUUACCGAGGAAACUUUCAAAAUAGGUCCACUGCUCCAGCAGCAAUGUUAUUCGACGCUUUAGAACAUUUUGACAAACGAAGUCCAAAAGCAGAUGAAAAUAUACGAAGCAUUCGUCCUGAACUUAGUGAAGCCGUUGAUGCUUGUAUCGAGGCUGCAGGUCACGAGUUUAACCAAGUUCGGCAACGAAGUUUGCUCAAAGCGGCAGCGGUUGGGAAAACGUUUCUCGAACCGUAUAAUUCUGAUCGUUUCGUAGAGAUGUGCCAAAUAUUGAGGGUUCUAAAUUCUAUUAAAAAAUCUACAGAUGACGAGGAAACUAUUUGUCGAAUGAUUGUAGAAAAACUAGCAAACAAACCCGGCCUUUCUUAUGCUGAAACUGCAAAAACCGCACACAAAGUUGGGCAACCAAAAUUAGCAACAAGACUACUCGAUUAUGAGCCACGUGCAGCUGAUCAGGUGCCUCUUCUUAUAAGCAUGCAAGAAGAUGAAUUGGCGUUAAUAAAAGCGAUUGAAAGCGGUGAUACUGAUUUAGUUUAUUUAGUAAUGCUUCAUUUCAAAAGAAAGCUUCCACUUCCUGAAUUUUUCAGGAUCAUCAAUAAUAAACCUAUGGCUUGUAGUUUACUAGAAGAUGAUAGGAGAGUAGAAAUUGCUAGUAUAGCAAUGUUAGAAAGUUAUAAAAAAAAGGAUUUGACUGAAAGAACCAAUAAACUGAAAGUUGCACUUAAAUGGUUUCAAGAUGAUAAAGAGCAUUCUUUUGAAGCGAAGGCUAUUGAUGAAAACAUUAAUUUAACGCUCAAAAGUAAUUGA